CAGUGUCAGUGACAGCACCUUGAGCGUCCAUCCCUGCUAAAGGUGUUUUUGUUCUGAGUGUAUAUAAGUUUUAACAGGAUUUUCCGGUGGUAAUUUGUGCAAAAAUGAGUGAUCCUGAUAUGCUGUAUGGAACGACAUUGUCGGUGGAAUCGAUUAAGGUUAUUGCUGAGAGUAUUGGUGUAGGAGCUCUUCCGGAUGGAGCUGCAAAAGAAUUGGCUGAUGAUAUAUCGUACAAACUCAAACAAAUUGUCCAGGAUGCCGUGAAAUUUAUGCAUCAUGCUAAGAGGACAAAACUCUCCAUGGGUGACAUUGACUAUUCCCUGAAGGUGCGCAACAUUGAGCCCCAAUAUGGAUUCUUCUCAGCAGACUCUGUUCCCUUCCGUUUUGCCUCGGGCGGUGGACGUGAAUUGCAUUUUGUGGAGGAGAAAGAACUUGAUCUUGUGGAUAUUAUUCAGGCAGCACCACCUAAGAUCCCCCUUGAGGUAUCCUUGAGGACUCACUGGCUUUGUGUUGAUGGUGUUCAACCGACAGUACCCGAGAAUCCACCCCCAUUGUCCAAAGACAAUCAACAGCUGGAUUCGGUAAAUCCCAUCAAGAAGCUUGAAAAGAGCAAUGUAAGGGACACUGCAGGGAAACCCACCACGGGGAAGACGCACAAGCUUAAGAAUGUUGAGACGGUUCAUGUGAAACAACUGGCCACUCAUGAGCUUUCCGUGGAACAGCAGUUGUACUACAAAGAAAUCACAGAAGCUUGUGUGGGAUCUGAUGAAGUUAGGCGUACAGAAGCCCUCCAAUCUCUAUCAUGCGAUCCUGGACUUCAUGAAAUGCUCCCCAGGAUGUGUACAUUCAUCGCAGAAGGUGUUAAAGUCAAUGUAGUUCAGAAUAAUUUGGCUCUGCUUAUUUAUUUGAUGAGAAUGGUUAAGGCACUUCUGGACAAUUCAUCAUUGUACCUGGAGAAGUAUCUCCAUGAGUUGAUACCUUCAGUGUCCACCUGUAUUGUUUCCCGACAGCUCUGUAUGCGUCCUGAAUUGGACAAUCAUUGGGCUCUCAGGGACUUUGCAGCACGUCUGAUGGCACAGAUCUGCAAGAAUUUCAACACAUCCACCAAUAAUCUGCAAACCAGAGUCACAAGACUUUUCAGUCAAGCACUGCAGAAUGACAAAACACAUCUGUCUUCCCUCUAUGGAGCCAUUGCUGGACUGUCGGAAUUGGGCAGUGAGGUGAUCAAGGUGUUUAUAAUUCCCCGGCUAAAAUUCAUCUCGGAAAGAAUUGAACAACAUCUCCAGGGAGCUAAUAUCAGUAAUACUGAUAAAAUAGCAGCUGGACACAUUAGGGCUAUGCUUCAGAAAGUCAGUGCUCCGGUUCUCAAGACAAUCCGGAAUGCACCGGACAUUGUUGAAGACUACAAGAGAGAUUAUGGAUUUUUGGGUCCGACUCUUCAUCAGGCAGUAGUUAAGGCAAGAAGUGCUCCUCCAGCACCAACAGUAACCACUCCACCAAAUAAUAAUAGUGUUACUAUUGUUACAACGCCGAUAGCUCCAUCAAUCAAUCGUCCUCACAUCCCACAGGUUAUCAGUCAGCAGAGGAUCGGAGGAUUCUUUUGAAAUUUUGCAGCAGCAGCAGUCAAGGCGGAAGUUCUAGUAUAUCCCGCCAAUCUUCUCAAUCUAGUGGAUCUGAUGGGCCGCAGUCUCAGCAGAAAUUUGUAAUUGUCACACAGAGGCCAAAUACACCACAAACUGGUAAUCAAAUUUCUCUGUUAAAACGAUAUUCUAGCGAUAUGUGAAUGUGUGCCUGAAACUGAGAUUUUUCUUCUCUGAUUUUCAAGUGCAAUCCACUCAGGUGUUCACGCUCAGCAAUUCCACAGUCACGCAUGUUCCAGCCCCGCCGGAACUUGAUGAUUUGUCACAUUUAGAGUAGAAUUAUCCCUGUAUAUUUCACAGAUUUGCAAAAUAAACACAUUGAAUUUCCAUAUGAAUAAAAA